UCUCGAUAAUGUGUAUCAUUGUUAUUUGUUGACAUCUAUGAAAAAAGUUGGUGAAUUUCGGAGAUUUCCGAAUAAAAUGGAAAACGACAACCCAGAACAGCAAGACGAGGUCAAAGUUUUUGAAAGUAGUUUUCAAAGGAUUACAGAAGGCGUUGUGCAGAACGGUUUCGCCGACGGUGUAGCGGACGGUCGGGAAACUCUCUACCAGCAGGACUUUGACCGCGGCUACAAGGAAGGAUUCGCGAUGGCCUUCACGCUGGGCUGCCACAAAGGAUACGCCACGGGGACGCAGCAACACGGCACGACCGUUUGCACCGAUUUGAUCCUGAAGCAGGAAGCUUCCCGUGCCCAUUGUCAGCUGUGCACGGAUAAGACGCUGGAGGAGCGGAUGUCGUUGGAUAAGAUCAUUGCAGUUCAGCAGAAGCAUAACGCCGGUGUGAAGGAGAAACUGGCCGAGCGGUACGGACUUUCAAGUUGACAAUAAACGAAUGAUUUUUUGGAUGUGUA